UCAACAGGCGAAAAAAAAAAAAAAAGAAUUUUGAGAUGAACAACUGUCUUGUAACAAUAGGAUUAUAAAUACCCAACACCCUAUGGUUUCCAGCUUCAUCUUUUUCUUUUCUCCAUCCUAAUCUUCUUCUAUUCCUGCAGCACCAACGCAAAAAAUUUCUCAUAAUUUAUUUACAGCGAAACCAAAACCAGAGGCGGCUUUUACACAGACCCACUAGAAAGAAACAGAUGGAGAUGCAUUGGUAUGGCUUAAGGACCCCUGGAACCGAGGCUUCUCGCUUCUGCUUCUCAUCCACCAUCGCCUCUCCCACCGGGACGUACAAGUCCGACCCAGUUCUCCGUUUCAAGCCUGAGAACCGUUUCUCGCACGCGUCGUUCCGAAUUAAGGCUGCUGUUAAGGAAGGAAUCGCCACUGACAAGAGCUUUUAUGAACUGUUGGGGAUUCCUGAGUCCGGUACAUUGAUUGAGAUAAAACAGGCUUAUAAACAGGUCGCCAGGAAGUACCACCCGGACGUGUCGCCGCCGGAUCGAGUCGAAGAGUAUACCCAGAGGUUUAUUCAGGUUCAGGAGGCUUAUGAGACUCUUUCGGAUCCUAGAAGGAGAGCUCUUUAUGAUCGAGACAUGGCUCGGGGUCUUCACCUCGCGUUCUCUGCUAGGAGACGGUACCAAGACGAUGAGGAGCUGGAAGUGAGAGGCGAGUGGAAGAAUCACUGGGAAGCUCAGCUAUCAGAGUUGACAAGAAGAAGCAUGAACAAGGAUGCAGAGGGGAACAUGUCGUGGGCAGCUCGAAUGCGCAGGCAAAGGGAACGAUCAUCACAAGAAAUUUAAAAUAAGUUAUUGUUGUGUUCUGCUUACACGUCUUUCUAGUUUCCACGAGGUUGGUACUAAGAGAGAGAGUAAUGAAGAAGGUGUAAGCUUAUGCAUGAAACAGCAGAAGUAUAAUUAAAUCUGCAUAUGCCAAGUUGCUAACCAAAUUAGAUAUCAGAAAUCGGAAAUCUUGUAUAGUUGUUCUUAAAUCUGGCCAUGUCAAUGAUAACUUGCAGCCUUACAGGCGUUUUAUGCUGUAAAUAAAAAAGUUCAAUAGUUUGGGGCUCA